AUGUGUGGAAUAUUUGGCUAUUGUAGCUACAAUAAGAAGGCAAAUAAAAAAGAAGUUUUGACAAUGUUAACCAAUGGGCUGAAAAGACUAGAAUACAGAGGAUAUGACUCAGCUGGAGUUGCUAUUGAUGUUGAUAGUGAGUAUCAAGCAUUUAAAAAAACAGGAAAGGUGCAGGCACUAGUAGAUCAUAUUGAGGCCUCCACAGGAAACAUACAGGAAAAACGCGCCAAUUCUAACAUAGGGAUAGCACACACAAGAUGGGCCACACAUGGAGAGCCAUCUGAGAAGAACUGCCAUCCAAUUCCAAGUCAGAGCAACGAAUUCUUUGUAGUACACAAUGGAAUCAUUAACAAUUACAAAAGUCUAAAGGAGACCCUUACAGGGCACGGACACACUUUCCAGAGUGAAACAGACACUGAAAGCAUUUCCCAGGUUAUUUUGUUCAUAUACAGAAAGUGUGUGGCCCGAGGGAUUACUUUGAGCUUCUCAGAGCUAGUGAAUGAGGCUGUUCAUCAGCUGGAUGGAGCUUUUGCAUUUCUUGUUGUAAGUAAACAUUUCCCAAAUGAAGUAGUAGCUGCAAGAAGGGGAAGUCCUUUACUGAUUGGUGUGCGUGGAACAUCAAUUGUUCAGCAAGACUCAAUUGAUGUGAUAGCCUCUAAAGAGCCCACUAUUUCAAUUAGUACGCCAGUAGGUACCCCAAGAAUAGUAUCAAAGCCAGGAGAGCUGUCUAGAUCUGUCAGCAGAGUGUUUGUCAUGGAGUCUGAUAGCAAUACACAGCCAUUAGAAAUAUUCUUUAGUUCUGACUCUGCAGCAAUUAUUGAGCACACAAAAACACUGCUUACCUUGGAAAAUGGAGAUAUUGCACAUGUUACAGCAAAAGGUCUAGAGAUUAUUAAGAGUACGCCGGGAGGAAAAUCAUUCCGGCCACUUGAGGAGGUCACUGGAACUCUGUGUGAUAUUAUGAAGGGAAACUACCCACACUUUAUGCUUAAAGAGAUACACGAGCAGAAAGACUCAGUUGUAAACACAAUGAGAGGCCGUGUGAACUUUGAAGAGUCAGUUGUAAAGCUGGGAGGGAUUGGAGAGUGGCUAGAUACACUUAGAAAGUCCUCUCGAUUUAUUUUCAUAGCAUGUGGUACUAGCUCUUAUGCAUCUUUGCAGAUGAGAGGGCUUUUUGAAGAACUUACAGGCAUUCCUUCCACAAUUGAAAUAGCAAGUGAUUUUAACGAUAGGUCGCCGCCCAUAUCAAGGUCGGACUGCUGUAUAUUUGUAAGUCAGAGUGGAGAAACUGCAGACUCUUUGAUAGCCCUCCGGUAUAUUAAAGAAAGAGGGGCGUUUAGUGUGGGAAUCACAAAUGUAGUAGGAAGUACAAUUUCCAGAGAGACAGAUUGUGGUAUUCACAUAAACGCAGGGCCGGAGAUAGGUGUAGCAAGUACUAAGGCAUACACCAGUCAGUCAGUUGCACUUGCUCUUCUUGCCAUACAGAUAGGCCAAAACAAUUCACACACAUUUGAAAGAAGAAAAGAAAUAAUAAAAGAUCUACAAGGCCUUUCUGCCUCAAUCCAGGAAGUUCUUAAGGACGAGCAGGGAUUGAAGCAAAUUUCUGAAACCAUGCUUAAAACUGAAAGCAGUAUUUUACUUCUAGGAAGAGGGUACCAGCUGGCCACUAGCUUGGAGGGUGCAUUAAAAAUCAAAGAAAUAACCUAUAUUCACAGUGAAGGAAUAGGUGCGGGAGAGCUAAAGCACGGGCCACUUGCAUUAGUUGAUGAAAAGAAGAGAAUUAUUAUGAUUUUAACUGACCCAUCAGAAGGAAAGUCUCAGAAUUCAUACGAACAGGUCAUAUCUCGAGGAGGUAACCCAAUCGUUAUUUGUACAGAGCGCACAGCUAAGCAACUCGGCAAUUCACUAAAAAUUAUAGUCCCAGAAGUAUCUGACUGCAUUCAAGGAAUUGUAAAUGUGGUUGUUCUUCAAAUACUUGCCUAUUACACAGCAACCAGUUUAAAAAUUGACGUGGACCAGCCAAGAAACUUGGCUAAGUCCGUGACUGUUGAAUAAAG